AAAGCGGAUUAAUUAUUUUGGUAUUUAUUAUAUAAAAAAAUAAUCAUGAAGUUUGUCGUUUUGUUGUGUUUAGUAGCGAGUGUGGUUGCCUGCCCUACAGUCACCAGGACUAGCCAAGAGAUAGAAUCCUUUAGAAGUUUCCUAGAAAAUACCCAAAAAGAAAAUGAGGAACCACUAUCUGCACGCAUGGCUGUCAACCCCAAAGCUAAGGAGUGGGAGAACAGCGGGAAGUACCAGGGCGACAUAAUCUUGGAUGACGAGCAGAUAGACGCCAUGGUGGACGACUAUGUGGGGAGGAAUGCUUACAUCUGGCCCAACUCUAAGUGGCCUGCUGAUACUAUUGUGUAUGAAUUUGGGGAAGGGGAAUUUGAUUAUAUGCAACAAGCCGCCAUAAUCAGAGGCAUUGAGGAGAUCGAGAGGAACACAUGUAUAAAAUUCCGGCUCAGGAAUCCAGGGGAGGUGAACUACGUCAGACUUACGGGCAGGCCAGACGGCUGCUACGCCCACGUCGGCUACUGGCAGCCCCGCGGGGUCCACACUUACAACCUGGCCCGCAACACGCCCGGCAGCGGCUGCUUCCGCCACACGACCAUCAUCCACGAGUGGCUGCACAUCAUAGGGAUGCUCCACAUGCAGUCCACUUACAAUAGGGACAACUAUGUGGAUGUCAAGUGGGAGAACAUGUGGCCAGGGAUGGAACACAACUUCGACUACUACUCGAGAGACGUGGUGAGCAACCUCGGCCUGCCUUACGAGUAUGACAGCAACAUGCAUUACGGAGGGUACGGGUUCAGUACCAAUGGGGAGCCUACGUUGGUUCCCUAUUAUGACUAUCUUCACCGAAUGGGUCAGACUGAGUACGUGACCACCGUGGACUGGCUGAGGGUCAACCGCCAUUACGACUGCCCUGGAGCAUGGUGGUGAAGCACGGAUCAAGACUGAAUCUUUUAGAUUGUAAAUACCAAUAAACGUUGAACAUAU